UUUUCACGUUUUUGCCGGAAAAUUUAUUAUUGGCUAGAGAUAACCGAUUUACACGUCGAGUAGAAAAUGAUUAUGUUUUGUCACAGAACAUUUUCAUUGUAGUUUACAUUACGGAUAGAUGUUUAGAUG